AUGUCUACUGAAAGUCGAGUUCAUUUUCAACUAUUACCUGUGGAACUUCUUCAUAAAAUUUUUGAUUGUCUCAAGGCAGAAACAAUUGUUUUUUCCAUGCGUCGUGUAUGCAAACAGCUUUAUUCUAGUGCUAAUGCUUGUAAUAGAUAUGAAUUAGAUUUUCGUUAUAUUUCAAAAUCUGAUCUACCUCUUCUGGCACAUAUUAUUGAUCCUAACGCUAUUAUUUCACUUAUACUUUCAAAGACAGAAACAGAACGAUCAAUUCGAUCAUUGCUUAAACACUUUCGUACCGAUUUUACUAAACUACAAUCCUUGACUUUGUUUAACUUAUACGACAGAGACUUGAAAGUAAUUCAAAAGCGUAUCAUAAAAUAUCCGCUUAAAACAUUCUCAAUAUUCAAUGAUUUAUGUUAUAUUAGAAAAACUGAAGCAUAUAUAUCAAACAUUCUAUUGCAUAAAGAUCUUCGUAAAAUCGAAGUCAAACUAGAUUUCAAUAGCAUCGAUAUAAUUGAUUGGCCCAUAUCGUGUGGAUUAGAACAUGUGAUAAUUGAUAACUGUAGCUCAACUACAGUUUACGUAAUUCUUAAUCGCUCACCUAAUCUAGGGACUCUGGUUAUAUCAGAUAAUUACUUCGAAAAUUCUAAAGAAACUAUCACUAAUGAUAAACAGUUCAAUAGUGUAAUAUCUCUCUCAUUGGCCAUUGGUGAGAAUAUAGCGAUGGAAAAUAUUCGGUUAUUACUUUCAUGUUUACCGUGUCUAGCACAUCUUCGAUUGAUUUCCAAAACAUUGGGAAGAUCUUAUCACAGCAAAGGUUACUCUAUUGAAGAAAUUUCAAUUCUCGUUCUUUGGUAA